GCGCCGCCCGGAGCGCAGAAGCCGAGCUGGCCGAGCGCGUGAGCGCAGCAGCCAAGGCCCUCCUGCCUCCCUCGCACGGCGAUAUCGAUGCGGAUAUGGACACCUCAGAUGACUCCUUCGACGACGACGCGAAGCGCAUGCGCAAGCACGACUUGCACGUCGCGAUGGACAUGCGUGCGGAGGCGCGGCGGGCGCGCAAGCGCGAGAAGCAGCGGAGCAAGGAGGUCGGUGCGCUGCUCGACCUAAAGAUGGAGCGCGGCAUUGCGCCCGGCAAGGGUGCGAUGCGCUCCAUCGCGCAGCUUGUCGCGAACAUGGUGCUGCGCCGCCGAGACACGUUCCGACCGCUGGCGAAUCGGAAGACGAGCACGGUGCGCGCGCCGUACGUGCGCACCCAGCUGUCGUGCUGCGUCAUGGCGGAGGACCUUCUCGAGUUUGAGCCUGAGGACAUUGACGUUGAUGCGGACGCGGAUGUGGACCCAGAUGCGAUGGACGUGUCUGACGAGUCGGACAUGGAACAAGACUAA